AUGUCGGCCGUAUCAUCCAGCGCUGGGAUCCUUGCUAGGAUAUGGGAGCUACGCUGCCACGUCGACAAAUUCGUCCUGCAUGACUACCUUGGCGAGAUCACAAGCGAGCAGCCGCUGCCGCAGCCCCUUUGGCGCACAGGGGAGUACGACGAGCAUCGUGCGGAAAUGCACCAUGUUAUCUGCCAGCGCAAUACGCAGGAGUACUAUGAGGACGAGGCGAGUGGUAAGGUUUGGGUAAGGGUGGAUGCGAAGCGGGAAGUGAUGUGUUUGGAGGCGGAUCCGGUCACUGCUGCGGAUGGAAUGAGGAGUAGGGCGGGGAAGUAUAUUCUGGAACAGGGCAUCGGCACGGAUCCGCUGACGGACUACCUCACAAUGGCGAAAGACGCGUUCUUUGGUUGGAUCGGCAGGGGCUUGCACUUCCUCGCGUCGUCAGCCAAGGGCGGGAAGGAGAUCUCGUGGGUCAUUACGCGCAAGAACGACUGGUGCUUCUCAAGCAAGAUGGAGGACUUGCAUGCCAUCGUCAAUGGUUGGGACCCCCACUGCACUGCGACUCUCGCUAGAGUGUCAUCGUGCAUCAACUGGAAGCUCAUCAUCCACCAUCCGCUCCCGACGUGGGUUAGCAAGUCUGCAAGGGUGGUGCUUAUCGGGGACGCGGCGCACUCUUUCCUUUCAUACCUCCGCGUACGUGAAACCCAGCUCAUCGGCGAAGAUGUCCACAACCGGUGGCAUCACUGCCAGCCAGGCGACCGCGGGCCGAUGCUCGAUGUAACCCGGCCCGAGUGGCCCUUCGCGUUUGACGCCGAGGCGGACGUGUCCGAGGUCUUCGACGGCGCGGCGAGGGAUAUAAGGGAGAACGGAUACAACAGGCCUGUUUUGCCGCCUGAGCCUGCGCCGUGA